GGUCCUGCAUCAUGGCCGCCACUCAUAUGUUGGGCCUCCGGCUGAACGGCGGCCCCAUUCGCAAAAGUUCGCGUCCGAAAUUCGGUUCAGGACUACAUGGCGGCGACACUAAGUUAGUAACUGCUCAAAUGAUAUUUAAACAGUUACCGAUCGUUCAUAACUACGGGCCUGUCGCAAACCAACUACAAUUUGCGGCAUGGAUAUUUGGCUUGCUUUCAAGGACCUCUGCCUCGCACGGCCCCUGCUAGUCCUAACAACAUGCAUCUUAGUCCUUAUACUGGCACUCUAUCUUAUGCCAGUGUAUCACCAAACACAACGAACGACACGCAUACGAGGACCUCAGGGUACAAGUUUGGUCUUUGGCCUCGCCAAGACAGUGGUAGAUUCCAACAUUACUAAUGAACUGUACGAACCCUGGGCUAAGGAGUACGGACCAGUGUACAAGAUCCCGCACGCCUUGGGAAAAUAUAGGCUCAUGCUAUGGGACCAAAAAGCAAUCUCUCACUUCUAUGCCAGAGACACAUCGUUGUAUCACCAUACUCCGUUUAACAAAAUCAUCCUUCCAAUUGCAAUAGGGAGAGGAGUGAUGGGGGCUGACGGUGAAAGUCACAAAAGGCAACGCAAGAAUCUCAACCCUGCUUUCAACGCAGCUGCUGUUCGCAGCUUGACUUCUAUCUUCCAAGAUGUCGCCCACAAGGCAGUGAUGGCUUGGGACACUGAGAUAGAAUCAAACAGAGGAACCGAUUGCGCUGUAAUUGAUGUUCAACAAUGGAUGAAUCACAUCUCACUCGACAAUGCAGGCAUAGGCAUUCUGUCCCAUGACUUCGGCGCACUCGAUGGAAAUGGCUCCGACGUCGAGCACGUCCUGAAUGCGUUCAGCGCAUCCGUCGACCCUUCCCACAGCUUGUUUAUUCUCGGACAAACAUUUCCUUCCAUCAUGCAGCUACCAUGGCCUCGCACAAAGUUCUCCCAGAAGUUGCACCUGACCGUUGGCCAAAUAUGCCAGGAGAUGCUGUCGCGGAGGCGCAAGGAAAAAGAGACUGGCGGCACUGACGAGAGAGAUAAAUCAUGUUUAGGUUUGCUCUUGAAAGCGGAAGAAUCUGGUGAGACCGUAGGACUGACUCAGCAAGAGGUACUAGACGAGGCACGGAUUCUACUUCUUGGCAGCUUUGAGACCACGGCAGUCAGCCUUACAUGGGCUUUUAUAGAACUCGGGCGGAAUCCAGACAUCCAAACGAAGCUUCGUGACGAGUGUCUAGGGUUCGGGUCGACCCCCUCAUACGACGACCUCACGAACAAGCUUCCCUUCUUGAAUGCUGUAGUGAAUGAAGUUCUUCGCCUCCACUCACCGGUUGUAGAAGUCCCUCGAGCGGUUACGGAAGAUGAUGUCAUCCCGCUCAGCGAGCCCCUGCUCACAGCUGACGGUAAAUUUACCGACCAUAUAUGCAUUGCGAAAGGGACAGAGGUCGUGAUCCCGCUGGCCGCCCUCAAUCGCUCGGUUAGCAUGUGGGGGCCUGACGCAAAGGUGUUCAAACCUUCCCGAUGGCUCAAAAAGGACGAAGGCACGCAUGGGGCUGGAGAUAUGCCGCAUGGCUAUCGUCAUCUGAUGACCUUCGGCAAUGGCUCGCGGAUGUGCCCGGGGAGGCUGUUUGCGUUGACACAGUUCAAGACUGUGUUGUUCAUCCUUGUGCGAAACUUCGUGUUUGAGAUGGCAGAUGGGGCUGAUGUGCAGAUCGUGAAGAGUUUAGGGCUUUUACCAAGACCGAGCGUGGUUGGAAGCACUGAGGUUGGAUGUAGUGUACCCCUCCGGGUGCGCCGCUAUGAGGUAUGAUUGUACUCUAGGAUGAUGUAAUGCCGCCGUAAGAACUGCACACUAACAGCAGCUCUUUGAUCUCGGAAGAUGUUUCUAUACCUGUAUACGUCAAUUGUAGAGUUUAUUUUCAUAGGAGGAAUCUAGUAUUGUGU